AUACCAAAACUCUCUGCAUUCAAUACAGUACAGUGCUUUGUGAUGACGAUGUUUAAAUACUGAGGUCUUCAAAUUUGUUUCUUUCAAAAAUAUCUGAGCCGUUGGAUUUUUCAGGUAUUCCAUUCUUGAUUAAGGUAUCAGCUGAGGGUAUAUUAGCCUGCAAUUUGAAAAUGUAUAUGGUUGAGAGCAAAGGCGGUGCCAUAGUAUGCAUGCUGCUAGCUCUCUUUUUCUUGGGGACAUGGCCUGCCCUUAUGACUCUCUUAGAAAGACGUGGUCGUCUUCCUCAGCACACUUACCUUGAUUAUACCAUCACAAAUCUCUUGGCUGCUGUAAUUAUAGCUCUAACUUUUGGUGAGAUUGGCUCAGAAAGGCCAAAUUUUAGUAAUCAAAUAUCUCAGUUGCAGGAGAAUUGGCCCUCAGUUUUGUUUGCGAUGGCUGGUGGGGUAGUUCUCAGCCUUGGGAAUUUAUUGACGCAGUAUGCUUGGGCUUUUGUUGGCUUGUCGGUUACAGAAGUUAUAACUGCAAGCAUUACCGUUGUUAUUGGCACAACCUUGAAUUACUUCUUAGAUGACAAAAUAAAUAGGGCAGACAUCCUUUUCCCUGGUGUUGGUUGCUUCUUUAUAGCUGUUUGUCUUGGAUCAGCUGUCCACUCAUCCAAUGCAGCAGACAACAAAGCAAAGCUAAACAAACUUGAAAAGGCUGGAGAUUUCUCCACAUCCAAAGAAGCAAUUCCAAACAGGGAUCCAGAGAAUGAGAAUGUUGCAGUAGAGAAGACAAAAGCUGGAACUGCUGACUUUCUUAUAGAACUUGAAAACAAAAGAGCAAUCAAGGUGUUUGGAAAGAGCACUUUCAUUGGAUUGGCCAUAGCUUUCUUCGCUGGGGUUUGCUUUUCCCUUUUCUCACCUGCAUUUAACCUGGCAACGAAUGAUCAGUGGCAUACUUUGAAGAAAGGGGUUCCUAAGUUGACUGUCUACACGGCAUUUUUCUACUUUUCGAUCUCUUGUUUUGUAAUUGCUCUCGUCUUAAAUAUUGGCUUCCUAUAUUACCCUGUACUCAACCUGCCCAGAUCAUCCUUUAAGGCUUAUCUCAGGGACUGGAAUGGCAGAGGCUGGGCCUUUGCUGCUGGGUUAUUGUGUGGCUUUGGGAAUGGUCUUCAGUUUAUGGGAGGUGAAGCAGCAGGAUAUGCAGCAGCAGAUGCUGUUCAGGCACUUCCACUUGUGAGCACAUUCUGGGGCAUACUUUUGUUUGGAGAGUACAGAAGAUCCUCAAGAAGAACCUACAUAUUGCUUGUGAGCAUGCUGUUUAUGUUUAUUGUGGCUGUUGCUGUUCUCAUGGCAUCAGCAGGGCAUCGAAAUGAGUGACCAGUAGCUUUAAUUCAUCCCAGAAAUUGUAGAAAUCAUUCCCUGAUGAAAUUUCUGAAGAACUACAUUUUCUCAUUUUAGGUUGUUAUGAUGCCUGCAAAUAUGAAAAGGGUAUCAAUAAGUUGCUUUGAAAGGGUAUUCCCUGACACGAUGUACACAAGCUUCGGCUCUUUAAUUCUUUGCAAAUACGAGAGUCAUUCUCCUAAGUUGUCAAAUAUGAAAAUAAAAAACAUUCAUGUGAAAUAUGAAUAUAUUUAUGAUUUUUGU